AUGCCUUCCCUCGCAUCAGCUACCGUCAAGCCAACUAAUGAGGACGGCAGGUAUGACAAUGUGGACAUCGGGACCAUGGUCAAAUGUGGCGUCUGCAAUGUCAACAGAUUCGUCGGCCGAUAUUCUAACAAUCAGAGACAGAGAUACCAAGAGGCAGUGUUCCGAGAGCAACAUGGCGGUCCGCGAGCCCCUCGUCCAACAUGCCUGCAGUGCACACCUGGAAAUGUGCAGGAAAUGAAGUGUACAGGCUGUGGAAUCAUCAAAACUCUCGAUGCAUUCUCCAAGGCUCAGCGAAAGAAGCCAGACCAUGCGAAAUGCAUCGGCUGUCAACAGGAGAUUUUGGAUCGGGUCCCCAAUCUAGCGGAUGCUGUUGAGGAGGAAGUGAUCAGGGAAGAAUACACAACUCGUCGUGCCGAAGCUUUUGCUGGAAUGUCAAACAUGGGCUCCACACUUCCGAGCGUCAGCGGCUCUGCGUCUCAAGCACCCUCUACUACCGCCAGCGGCGGCAUUCUUCUGGCUGGGAGCGCCCAGCCAUGGGGGGCCAACCCUGCACCUGCUCUGCUUUCUGCCACUGGCAGCAUUUCCGACACCGAGGAAUCCGUGGUAGCACGUACAGCUCCUCGCGCGGCCUCGACAUACUCGAGCAACAAUUACGCGCGGGGCGGCUUCGCCAGGCAAGGGGCAUACAGAGCGCCUACAGAGGCGAGGGUGUUGAAUCAGAUCCAUCGGGAGGAGAUGCAGCAGCAACAAUUCCAAGCCGGCAGCCGCAGAGAGGAUUCCGAUGAUGAGAGCGACUUCGAAUAUUGA